UAUCUUGCAAAUACAUAUGCGUACGAUUGAUUUUUCAGUGAAAUCUUACUGACAAUCAAUGAUACACAUAGGACGGAGGAGUCAAGUAUGAGUGUUCUCACUGAAAAUUAAAAUUUUGUGCUUCAAUCAAUGACAUUUUCACUGAUCAAGUUUAAGAGAGCGCGUUGAAGUAUCUAAUCUCGACAUUCAAAUAAAUUAUUCGAAUAUAAUUCGAGAUCAGAUACUUUAACGAUUAAUAACUCUGCGAUUUUGUGAAUAUAUGCUAAAUCCGCACUGCAUAUAAUAGCAUUGAAAAUACUUGCAUUCCCGGACAUUAUCGCGCCAAUCUCACACGGGAUCAAGUAUGCAACGUUCUCGCUUUACAGAAGAAGGAAGCGAAGAAUUGCCUUAUAUAUGUAUUUCACGAGCUCGCGCGCGCGCCAACAAUCGUGCUAACGCGUGUUUAAAAAAAUGCCGAUCUUAACAAAAUGGAAUAUAUAUGAAUCCGUCGCUCGAGCGAUCAGUCCACGCAAAAAUGUCGCGACAAGUGCCGUCGUACACACUGCUGCACAUUCCUCUCUUCCUCUGCUCGGCGAUUAUUUUUAUUAACGCGAAAUGUGUCGAUAGCUUUUCUGAUCACUGUUCGGAACUGGUUCAGUUUGAUAUCAACGAGAUCGAUGAUCAUUUGUCGAAAUUAAAUCUCACGGAUGUACCUACCGUGAAAAUGAUGGUCGCUGGAUUUAAGUGUCCGAUCUCUGCUUUGCCUUUUGGCACGCUGAAAUCGGACUGGUCCAGGCUGUUGCUGCUUCAAGAAGCUCAGCCAGACGGGUCGAUUAUCAAGCGUAAACUCGUCCGACUGAUGCGCAUUUUGAUAGUCGCUUAUUAUCAAAUGGAGGAAUGUUUCGACGCGACGGAUUCUGAUGUGAUUCGAGACAAAUCUCUGAGGAAAGAAACGAAGACUAUCGUAUCGGAUGAUGUCGAUAAACUGAUGCUUAGUUCGAACAACAGCGACUGGAUAAAUGAAACUUCGAGUAACGACGUGACUCUUUAUGAUUCGCAUCCGCAGUCGUUCCCGAUAACAGUACCCGUCGAAGAUGAUCGUUCGAGAGUAGAAUCCACCACGGGAAUCGAGAUCGCGACCGCAGAAAACUUUUCGAACUCCAGUGAUGCGAACAGUGUCGUCCCGUUCGAGAUCAAAUUGAGAUAUCAAAACGUCACGUCGUCGACCGAUCUUACGCCUUAUCGUUCUAGCGAUGCCCUCAACGCGAAAAAUGCCACCUUUAAGGUACUCGAUAAUUGUUUGAAGCAGUCUUUGAACGAUAUCGCGCGCAAGCAACCGAAUCGCAGCCAAGUUUUCGAAAUCUUGAGGAAUAAGGCAAAGUAUACCGAGCGUGCGGCUCGAACGGGUAACGAGAUCGACGAUUACGGGAAAUAUCGCACCAAGAUAUCACCGCCGACAAACGAGUUCUGGAGAUACGUGACGUUCCCUACGGAUGCACCGCCAACUAUCCCCGGCGUCGCAAAGCGAGUUCAUCGAAUGCGAAGAUUAAACGGGUUCAGGACGAGCCUCCGGAAGUCGCGAAAACACGCGAAAUCAGAUGGCGAUAUUAACGAAAACUUGAGGCGAUUUUACGGCAUCGAGAAAAACGAAGCAGGCGUAAAAAAAUAUACGAGCGACAGAAAUAACAUCGCAAUCAAGCGCGAGGGAAAAAAGUGACAGGGUGACCGAGAAGUAAUACAAUACACGUCAUUUCGGCAUUUUGUGCAACGUCCUUCCACGAUUUUAUUAUCCGAUGGGUUGAGCUUCGCUAAACGGACAACGCUCGCAUAUAUUUUGCGGCAAAUCUCAAUAAAAUUGAUCUUUCAAUAUAUUUUUCCAGCGUUAUUCUCGUACGAGCGACAUUUGCACGAAAUAGUUUCAAACAAUUUUUGUACGUCGGUUUUGCACGCUAGUAUAAAUUCAUGUACGACAAAUUAUAUAUAUAUAUAUACUUUUUCCCUCCCAUUUCCACUGAAGCGAUUGAUUUAAAUGUAUUAUUAUACAGGAUGCGCAAACAUUUGUGCAAAAGAACAACAUUAUAGCAUGUUAGAUAUAAUUAAAAUCGAUCAAUUGCGAAAGAGAUUGUUCGAAAAUUCAGUCCCAUCCUAUACAGUUGCGUAAUGUAAAUCAUAUAAUGGUUUAUUUAUUUUAUCUUCUCGUAAUAUCUCCCCUCCGCCCUGUUACCUGUUGUUCCCGCAAAGCACAGUUACUUCCAUAGAACGUGGAACACGUUCAAUCGAGGGCGGCACGUACGAUUGCUCCACGACGUUUCAAUAUAUCUAUUCUCGAUACCGGAGAAAUAUCGUCGUCUAUCCCGCACAUGUUGCACGCGGAAAUAUAUACGAAGAAUUCGCGGCCCCAUAAGGAUCAGAAUUUAUACGAUGCGAUAGGAUACGCGGCAUUAUAAUAUAUUCGGCAUCGGUAACAAUUGCGACCGAGUUAUGCGGCGAGUUGAGAGUUUAAUAAAAGCGGAUCACACACGGUUUUACUGUAGCAUCUCGAUUAACGCGAAACGCGGGGGCUAAUUUACGAAAUAGCGGCGAGCGUGUUUCGCAAAUGAAUUACGGCUGAUUUUACUGCGCGCGAAUGAAAGUAAAAAACGUUUUGUCCGGAACGCCAUUCGGAAUUUAUAAAUAGAGAUUCCUGAAUUAAUUUAAUAAAUGUAAGGGAAAAUUCAAACGAGCGAAAGAGCGGAGGCAUCGGCGAAGCAUCGGCGGAGAAACAUUACUUUUAAUAAUAGAACGCGCGGAUCAAUCGGAAACACGAUAAAGAAGUUUGAAACUUAUAACAGACGCUU